AUGCGGUCAUUUGUAUUUGCCGUAACGGCAAUUCUUUCUUUGGUUAGCUCUUCACAGGCCAUGCCUCAAAAUGGUGGUGGAAGUUAUGGAGGAUAUGGAAGUCAAGAAUUAUCAUCGUCGUCGAUAGCUAUUGCAGUUGCAACAUCAGCUACAUCAUCAUCAACCAGUUUCGUAUCAGUCGCUAAAGCAGCAGUAUCAACAAGCACAACUGCCUGUAAUAAUUCACCGGAACUAUGUAGUCGAAACUAUAACAACAUAACACAUAUGGGUGCUCAUGACGUUGCAUUCCUUCGAGACUCAACGACAGGGUAUUCAACAUCCGGGAACCAGUUCUAUAACGCUACUGUUGCUCUAUCCGCCGGUAUUAGAUUACUUCAAGCACAAGUUCAUGACUCGAAUGGAACUUUGGAACUAUGUCACACAUCUUGUUUACUCCUCGAUGGUGGUAGUCUCGAGACUUUUCUUAAGGAAAUUAAAACAUGGAUGGAUGCGAAUACUAACGAAGUUGUCACUUUGAUCCUUGUUAAUUCCGACGACAAAUCAGCUGCUACUUUCGGAUCAGUCUUCUCAUCUUCCGGUAUCGAUACUUACGGCUACACUCCUACUUCUACCACCGCACCGAUCGCUACUUGGCCAACACUUCAAACUCUCAUCACUGCCAAUACAAGAUUAAUUACUUUCAUCGCAAGCAUUGACUAUGAUUCCAAAUAUCCAUAUCUUCUUCCAGAAUUUACAUACGUAUUCGAAACCUACUUUGGAGUUCUUUCUCUAGACGCCUUCAAUUGUACACUCCAACGUCCUAGCAGUGUCGAUUCUGCCUCCGCCGCCGUUUCAUCUAAUUACAUGGGUCUCAUUAACCAUUUCGCCGACAUGGCUCAAUCAUUUGGUAUCACAAUCCCAGAUGUAAAAAACAUCACUACGACAAACUCCCCUGCUACCAACACAACAGGUGCAUUGAGAACUCAAGCAGAGCAGUGUAAGAGUGAAUGGGGCAUCAAACCAACUUUUAUCUUGGUAGAUUUCUUCAACGUAGGACCUAGUAUCGAUACCGCGGAUAUCAUGAAUGGAAUUUAUGGGGAAACUACCGGAAGGACGAACGUUAGUACGAGUGUUUUAACUGCCAGUAGUAAUUCUACUAGUGGUGCUAGUUCUUUGGGUUUGGGGAUGCGGAAGAAUUGGGAAUGGAUGUGGGCUAUGAUUGGAGUGGUCGCAUUGGGGAACUUGGUCUGGUUAUAG